CGUCAAUGGACAGUGUAAUAGAUCAGACAUCUUAGUAUUCUGUAGGAGUUUAGUGAAAAUGUUUAAAAUAGUUCGAGAUAGUGCUAUUAGGAAUAAAGCGGCGAAUUAUUUGAAAAAUUUUAGACACGAGAAACGGUUUUUGGCUACCCAACAAGAGGUUGUGUCUUCUGCAGAUGUUGUUAUUAUUGGUGGUGGUAUAGCGGGAUGUAAUACGUUAUAUCAGCUUACAAAACGAGGAGUGAAUGCUGUGCUGCUGGAGAGAGCCAAGCUGACCAGUGGAACGACAUGGCAUACAGCUGGACUUGUAUGGUCGUUGAGACCGUGCGAUUUAGAAGUGAAAUUAUUGCGGGACUCAAGAAAAGUGUAUAGUACUUUGGAAGAAGAGACUGGAGAUCACGCAGGGUGGACGAACAAUGGAGGCAUGUUCAUAUCUCGUAGCAAAGUCCGAACACAAGAAUACCUAAGGCUACAUACGCUGGGCAAAGCCCUAAACAUUCCUAGCGAAGUUUUAAGUCCAACUGAUGCCCAGAAGAAGUUUCCCCUUCUCGACCCUUCAGUGUUCCAAAUGGCUCUGUAUGCUUCUGAAGAUGGAACCAUCGAUCCUUCUAUGGCAUGCAACGCGCUUGUGAAAGUGGCUUUGAAGAACGGAGGGAAGGUCUAUGAAGACUGUCCAGUUCUAGACGUUCAUUACACACACAAUCUACUUGGCAACAAAGAAGUUACAGCCGUACACACAGACAGGGGAGUUAUCAAGACAAAAUGCGUUGUUAAUUGCGGAGGAGCAUGGGGUCCCCGCGUCGCCCGCUUUGCUGGUAUCCCCAACCUUCCUCUAAUUCCAUUCAAGCACGCGUAUGUGGUGAUGGACGCGACGCCAGAAAUCCGAGGCGGUCCAAACAUUAGAGAUCAUGAUGUCGACCUUUAUAUUAAGGUGCAGGGAGAGUCCUGCCAGGUUGGUGGGUAUGAGAGCAACCCGCAUAUGCUUGAUCAGGUACCGGACAACUUACAAUUUCACCUGUACGAGUUGGAUUGGGAUGUGUUUGGGAUCCACAUGACGAGUGCCACCUCCUUGUGUCCCAAGCUCAGUACAGUUGGAGUCAAGAGUACUGUUUGCGGACCUGAGUCCUUCACCCCUGACCAUAAACCACUGCUUGGAGAGGACCCUAAUGUUUUUGGUCUGUACCACAACUGCGGUUAUAAUUCAGCCGGCAUGAUGUUCUCCGCGGGAUGUGGUAUUCAAAUGGCAGAGUGGAUCGUCACUGGAAGACCACAAUACAACAUGUUCACAUUCGACAUACGUCGGUUCACGCCCGGUCAAAUGUCACGUCCUCAUUGGAUGAGGGAAACCAGUCAUGAAGCCUAUGCCAGAAACUAUAACAUAGUGUUCCCUCAUGACGAGCACUUGGCUGGCCGAGACGCGAGCCAUGAUGCCUUGCAUCAGGAGUUGGUGGAGGAUGGAGCGGUGAUGCAGUCCAGGGCUGGGUGGGAACGACCGGCCUUCUUUUUGCCUGGAGAGAAGAUAAGAGUACAACAAUACGACUGGGGUGGUGCCCACUCCGACUACCCUAGGAACAUCGACCAGCGCUACGAGGAGAUUCUCAAGGGAGAACAUUCCUUCGACUUCUCCAAACACCACAAUAUUAUCGGCGAAGAAGCCCUCGCAUGUCGUAAUGCAGCCGCUCUAUUCAAUAUGUCAUACUACGGCAAGUUCUACUUGACCGGGCCAGACGCGCAGCGCACUGCUGACUUGGCAUUCACCGCUGAUCUCUCCAAACAUGACGAUAGGGUAGUUUAUUCUCUGCUGUUAAACGAUAAAGGAGGCGUGGAAGCUGAUGUCACUGUGAGCAUUCUGGAUGGCGGCACUGGUGGAUUACAUGAGCCUAUUUUCAAGGGCCGUGGUUACUACGUGGUGACGAGUGGUUUCAGUGCCAACCACACGCUGGCCCAUCUUCGUCGGAUCAUCAACACUCACAAGUUGCGCGCCACCAUCACUGACGUCACAAAACAGAUGUGCAUUCUUAGUGUUCAGGGACCUGAUAGCCAACGCAUUCUACAACGCUACACCGACGCUGGUCUCUCCAACGACGCGUUCCCAGUGAACACACAUCGAAGCAUUCACGUCACCAAGGCAGCUAAUAAGCCCGAAGACAAACGCUACAGGUGCAGGGCAUUGAGAGUCACAUGGUCUGGAGAAUUGGGUUGGGAAUUGCAUGUACCGUCCGCUCAUGCCAUUCCUGUGUAUAAAGCGCUGAGUCGCGCUAAAGGAUUGAGGAAUGCUGGCUGGAGGGCGCUCACGUCUUUGAGAUACCACUUGUGGAACUCCGAUUUGAGAGCAGAUGACAACCCUGUAGAGGCCGGUCUAGGGUUCGCGUGCAGAAAAGAUGGUGAUUACAUCGGAAACGAACAUGUUACCCGAGCAAAGGCUAAUGGAGUCACUAAGAAAUAUGCAUUCUUCACACUAGAUGAUAAGGUGGCAAUCUUUGGACAAGAAGCCAUAUUUAGAAAUGGCGAACCCGUAGGCUACCUAAGAAGGGGAGAUUAUGCUUUCUAUCUAGACAAACCAAUUGGUAUCGGAUACGUGACUAACAAAGGUGAUCUAGUCACCAAAGAUUACCUGAAGGAAGGCCAUUAUGAGAUUGAAGUUCUAGGAGAGAAACACAAAGCUACAUUGCACUUGAAAUCUCCUUUUGAUCCCAACGGUCAAAGGUUACUUGGCAACUACGGUCCUCAAGGCAUGGACGAGAAUACUCAUGAACCCCAUGCGGGACAAAACGAAAGAGCGGGCGGUAGUGAAUAAAUUCCUUAGUAAAUAAUGAUCUCAAUUUUAAUAAAUUUCUUUAUAGUG